AUGGCCCCCGAAUUGAGAAAAAGAACCAGAUCGGCUACGGCUUCGGCCGAGAAGCCUGCGGCGAAGAAGACGGCCAAGGUCGAGAAGGUUGAGAAGGUCGAGCCCGAGAAAGUGACCAAGAAGAAGACGACCAAGGUUGAGAAGGCCGAGAAGGCCGAGAAGGUCGAGAAGGUCGAGAAGGUCGAGAAGGUCGAGAAGGUCGUGAAGGCCGAGAAGGCACCUAAGCGCAAAGCACCCGAGGAGGCUCAGGCGUCCCCUGUCGCCGCGAAGAAGCAGAAGCCCGUCAAGGCGAGCUCGAAGUCGAAGAAGUCGAAACCUGAACCCGUCGAGGAGGCCGAGCCCGAGACGAUCGAGGCCGCCGAGGAGUCUGUUGUCGCCCUGGACGAUGCCGCCGAUUCGGACGAGGAGCUUGAUGCCGACAUCCAAGCUCUUGCCGCCGGCCUCGACUCCGACGCCGAGAAGACGCCGGCCGGCAACGGGACCUUCAAGGAGGGCAUGGACGUUGGCAAGGUUCCGAAGCACGCCAAGAAGCAGAAGCAGUUGACGAACGGCAAGAAGGAGGAGCCCGGCAUCGUCUUCAUCUCGAGACUGCCCCACGGUUUCUACGAGCACGAGCUGAAGGGCUACUUUUCACAAUUCGGCCCCAUCAACCGCCUGAGACUGGCGCGCAACAAGAAGACGGGCGCCAGCAAGCACUAUGCCUUCCUCGAGUUCGCCGAGGAGAGCACGGCCGAGAUCGUCUCCAAGACCAUGGACAGCUACCUGUUGUUCGGCCACAUCCUUAAGGUCAAGACGGUCCCCCGCGACCAGCUGCACGAGGACGUCUGGAAGGGCGCCAACAAGCGUUUCAAGAAGAUCCCGUGGUCCAAGAUCGCCGCCGGCGAGGUCGCGAAGCCGCGGACCGAGUCGAACUGGACGCACAAGGUGUCCAGGGAGGAGAAGAAGAGACUGGAGCGCGCCCAGAAGCUCAAGGAGAUCGGGUACGAGUUCGAGGCCCCCAAGCUGAAGGAGGCCGUCGCACCGCCCCCGGAGCCGAUGGUAGUCGACGCCCCGGAGGAGCCCAAGGCGGUUGAGGCCGCGCCCGUCGAGGAGAAGCCUGUGGAGGAGGCUGCCGCGGAGGAGGCUGCCGCGGAGGAGGAGGAGUCCGCGGAAGCUGAGAAGCCCAAGGCGGCCAAGCCCAAGGCGAAGAAGGGUGGCCGGAGAAAGUCCAAGGCCUAG